AGGGACAGAGCUGGCAGGCGAUCCUUACUAUUCUACUGCACCAGGAGGAGGUGAAAGCAGAAGAAACAAGAGACAUCAGGGGCACUGCAGACAAGGGAGGGAGAAAGAAACCCAUCAUCUGCAUUGGGCCACCAGGAAGACCGAGCUCUAACAUAAUAAGCUGUUUGAGUGUGUGCGUGAGACAGAGAAGUAUGCUUUGCUGAUGAUCACAAACAGGGAAGAGGUUUAUACAAGAUCGGGAAGGAUGCAUCUUUAAAACACUGCAUGAGGGAUUAAGGCACUGUGAGCGAUGCAACCUCCCAGUUACAACAGACUGGUCCACUUUCUCCAGCGUUUAUGAAUCAGCCACAGCGCGUUUACUACAAUUUUCCUUUUAUUGGGAGGAGCUGACUAACCUGUGAUUUCAUAUCAAGGUAUUUGAUGUCAUCAAGGAAUUAUGGAUGGUCUGUGAUGAUGUGAAUGGUGCUGCGAUGCCAGUCGUGAUCUAAGUUUGCGGAGCACAUUGCACUAUUGUGGACCGCAUUGUUGACAUUGCUGAGGUCUGGUGCAUUCAUCUCAAGCGCUACAGUUACAGAAUACCCUGCCCUAGGUGUAACUGGAACAGCUUUUAAUUGCCAGGGACCCUGUGAAAAUGGCCACUCUGCUGCGGAAAAUAGGACUGAUUCGUCUUCACGACAGGGAUACGGAAGACCCCAAGCAUCACCACCAUCACCGCAGCCAACAAGGAUCACUGAAAAACAGCAAGGGGAAGAACAGCAGCAACAAGCAGUUGGGGGGCUCAGCCGGAGGAUGUGGUGGUGGUGGUGGUGGUGGGAGCAGCGGAGGGGGCAGCAGCGGAUGCUGCAGCAGUAACACCACAACCGGCGAGGUGAGCCUCGGCCAGGCUGAGGUCAAGGGCAAAAAAACUGAACAGUGUCACAAGGAUAAACAUGGAACGCCUGGAGGAAGGGACAAAAACAAUGCCAAAGAGACUAGCACCCCGUCCAUUACCAAGGAGUCUAAACAGCAAGGUGGCGGUGGCAAUGGAGGUGCAGGGAGCAAACAAGGUGGGAGCUCCACCUUGCAGCCACUGGUUCCCCCAAAUAGGCAGCACUGUACCCAGGUGAGGAGCAGACGACUGAUGAAGGAGCUUCAAGACAUCCGCAAGCUGAGCGACCAAUUCAUGUCUGUAGAGCUGGUGGAUGACAGCCUUUUCGACUGGAAUGUCAAGCUACACCAGGUGGACAAGGACUCCACCCUCUGGCAGGACAUGAAAGAGACCAACACAGAGUUCAUCUUACUUAAUCUCACCUUCCCGGACAACUUCCCAUUCUCCCCACCUUUCAUGAGAGUGCUGAGCCCCAGGUUGGAGAAUGGCUAUGUGCUGGACGGUGGGGCCAUCUGUAUGGAGCUUCUCACCCCUAGGGGAUGGUCCAGUGCCUACACUGUAGAGGCCGUCAUGAGGCAGUUUGCAGCCAGCUUGGUCAAAGGCCAGGGCCGCAUAUGCAGGAAAGCGGGCAAGUCUAAAAAGGCCUUCAGCCGCAAGGAGGCAGAAGCAACAUUUAAGAGCUUGGUGAAGACUCAUGAGAAGUAUGGCUGGGUGACCCCACCAGUAUCUGAUGGCUGAUGCAAGGAACCCCAUCUAAAAUAGACUUAUAGGAAGGGGGAUGGAAAAUGUCACCAAGAAAAAAGAAUAAAUAUGAAUAUAUUAAAAAAAAAGAUCACUAUUCCAUCUUCUUAGUGCUGUACUUCAUCCAUCCAUCCGUCCUUUUCUACUUCAGCUUCAGUUUAAGAAUGUGAUUGACAAGAAGACUUAAUUUAUUUAUGCCCAGAUGUGUUUACAAAAAAAUGAGACAUGGACUGAAAACUGAUUAUGGAAUGUUGUGUUACAAUCAUGUUUCCAGACUGAUGAGCGAUCAUCUUCAGGUCACCGUAGAGCGGAGAUUGAGAUUGCUUCAUUGUCCAUUCUUGACGCAUGGUUUUUCAGCUUCUUUCCAUGUCAGCAACGCCAAAUGGCAGCACUUGAAUUUCCAUCUGCAGCCACUGUUUAUUUAAAUGUAAUUGAAGCCGUUAAUAUUUAAUAGGCAAGCAAUGCAUUGCAGGUACAUGUUUGCUGUGCUGUUUAUCUUUGUCUGUUUUCCUGGCAGGUCAACACAACUUUGAAGAUUUUUGUCUUUAUGUGGAGCUGUGGUCCGCUGUGACUCAAAACCUAGACCUCAUUUGUGUUUGAUGUGAUCUGUGUUGGAAUAUUGACGAAAUAUAACAGUGAAAAAAAUAACGAAGAGUAAUAGUGUGGAGCUAUUGUAAAAUAAAAGUUCACUUAAUGCUGGGUGAAGUUGGUUUUCAUGCGUGGUGUAAUGAGAUGUCACUAAAACAAUUUAGAGAUCAUUAAACACAUUCUAUGUAA